AUGAAGACCAUCACUACUUCCCUCGUCCUUCUCCAGGCCCUCGCCGUUCAGGGGGUUCGUAUCAUCCAGUCCAACGACGACGGCUGGGCAGAGUCUUAUAUCCGCACCUUCAACGAUGCCCUCAUCGACGCCGGUCACGAUGUUCUCCUCUCUGCUCCCGCUGAUAACCAAUCUGGCAAGGGCUCCCUAGACUCUGACCCUUCGAACCGCACCGAACCUUGCGAAUACGACAGCUGCCCCGCCAACUCGGGUCCGUACGGCUCCGACCCGUCCCGCGCCGACCUGAACUGGGUGAACUCGUACCCGGCCACGUCGAUGCGCUACGGCCUCGACGUCUUCGCCCCCGAGGUCUGGGGAAGCGGGGUGAAGCCCGACAUCGCCGUGACGGGACCCAACGUCGGCUCCAACCUGUGGGUCCAGGUCCCCUUCUCCGGGACCGUCGGGUCGGCCUGCUACGCCGUCGAGGAGGCCGGCAUCCCCGCCAUCGCCUUCUCCGGCCUGUCGAGCGGCAACGUCGCCUUUGACGCCACGCCCGUGCCCGAGCGCAGCCUCGUCUACGCCGAGCUGGCCGCGACCCUGACCGAGGCCGUCAUCGCGUCGGGAAAGCCCUACCUCCCCGACGGCGUCUUCCUCAACGUCAACUUCCCCAAGGUAGAGGGCGGCUGCACCGCCGCCUCCGACUUCAGCUGGGUUCUCAGCCGCAUCAACCCCGGCUUCGCCUCGCCGGAGGACGUCGACUGGUGCGGCUCUACCCGUCUGCCCACCGAGACCCACGUCACCGGCCAGGAUGGCUGCUACAUCUCUGUCAGCGUCGGCGACGCCUCCGACAAGACUACCGUCAACGAUGAUCGCCAGGCUACCGUCCUGGAGAAGCUCAAGGACCUGCUCGUCUGCCUUCCUUAG